AUGGUGAAUGUUAUGAAAUGCUACAUUUCCAUGCUACACAAAUUGAUGAAGUCAAUAGGAAUGCAUCCUAUUGAUGUUGAAAUAGAGCCUGGAACAGUUAUUCAUUUCUGGGUUAAUAAUAACAAAGAGAAGAAUAACAAAAACAAGGAUGGAAGGAAGAAAAAGAAACCAUCUCUUGUUCUUAUUCAAGGUUUUGCAGGUACUGGAAUUCUAACAUGGCAAUUCCAAGUCCUAGCCCUAAGAAAAAAAUACACCCUUUACAUCCCAGACCUCAUUUUCUUCGGUGGGUCCUACACAAACAAAACUGAUAGAACUCCAAGAUUUCAAGCAGAUUGUUUUGCAAUAGGAUUGAAGAAGUUAGGUGUGGAAGAGAAAUGUGUGGUGGUUGGGUUUAGCUAUGGUGGGUUUGUCGGGUUUCAAAUGGCGGAGCACCACCCGGAUUUGGUGGGUUUAUUGGUUGUAACCGGAUCCGUUGUGGCUGUAUCCGAAUCCAUUUACAAGGACACUUUGAAAAGGAUAGGGUUUUCCAAUUUUGUGGAUUUCUUAUUGCCUAUUACUGCUGAAGGUGUUGAGGUUCUUCUUAAAAUUGGUUCUUAUAAGUUUCCUUGGAUGCCUGAUUUGUUUCGUAAACACUUACUCGAGGUAGAGAUAUUUAUAGGCGAAUUUGAGCGGGUAAUGAAUCGGGCUUAUACUUAA